CAGAAGCCAUAUAGAAAUAAUAGAAAAGAUCUGAGAAGGAUUCUUAAGAUAAUGCUUGUGAUGAAUAACAUUACUUCAUUCUUCAAUUUCUUAAAAAUCAAGCAUGGAAAUGUUUAGGAAGAAAAUUAAUGCAUCGUUAGAUUCUUGAAAGAAGAGCCUUCCUGAUGGGACCACUUUCAAGGGAGGAGUGAAAAGCGGAUUCACAAAGUACCAGCAUUGCGCUUUUAAGGAAAUUUAUGUACUUGAUGGAGAUGGAAAAAGAUGGGAAAAAAAAGUUGGUUUCCUGGAGGAAGGUGAAGACAACGAGUAUUUAGUGGAACUUUAUUACCUUGGAACCAUGUUCUGAGUACUCCUCCUUAGAUGUCUUUCGUAAAUAUUCUCUAUAUCAACAGAGCGAUACGAUUGAAAAUUUGUUUCAUCAAACAAUAUUUGCUGGAAGAAGCCUGCUUUGAAUGUAAUACUUUGCAUUGUUUCAGUUUAUAAGAAAAAGCUAGUGACUUCUACAUGGUAUUUAUUAACUCUGCAUCUCAAUUGAGCUAAAGCAAUCUAGUCUUUGAAGUGAAUAGAAACAGAGCCCUCUUGGAUACUUUUAUUGAACAUGACUCAUGGAGAAGAGCUUGGCUCUGAGAUGCACCAGGAUUCUGUUGUUCUAACUUACCUAGAGGGAUUACUAAUGCAUCAAGCAGCAGGAGGCUCAGGUACUGCCGUUGACAAAAAGUCCACUGGGCAUAGUGGAGAGGAUCAAAACUUUAAGAUUUCUGGAAAUAUAUUUCCCAGCUGCCAAAGUAAUGGUCAAGCUCUUAACACAAAUACAUAUCAGGGAUCUGGCAUGCUGCAUCUCAAAAAAGCUAGACUGUUGCAGUCUUCUGAAGACUGGAAUGCAGCAAAGAGAAGACGGUUGUCUGAUUCCAUUGUGGAUUUAAAUGGGAAAAAGGAAGCUUUGUUAGCUGGCAUGGUUGAAAAUGUGCCUAAAGGCAAACAGGAUAGCACAUUACUUGCCUCUUUGCUUCAGUCGUUCAGCUCUAGGCUGCAGAGUGUUGCUCUGUCACAACAGAUUAGGCAGAGCCUUAAGGAGCAAGGGUAUUCCCUUAGCCAUGAUUCUUUACAAGUGGAGAAAGAUUUAAGAUGUUACGGAGUUGCAUCUAGUCACUUGAAGACUCUGCUGAAGAAGAGCAAAGCAAAAGACCAGAAGCUGGACAACAGCCUGCCUGAUAUAACAAAGAACCUGCCCAAAGAUAGGUUUAUAGAAUCUCCUCAUGCAGUACAGAGUGGACCUAAAGUGAUAAAUGAGCCACUGUCAUGUGCUGCAAGAUUACAAGCUGUUGCAAGCAUGGUAGAGAAACGAUCUAGUCCUGCAGCUUCACCUAAGCCCAGUGUAGCAUGCAGCCAGCUAGCUUUACUUCUUUCAAGUGAAGCUCAUUUGCAGCAGUAUUCCAGGGAACAUGCUUUAAAAGCACAAAAUGCAAAUCAGAUAGCAAGUGAGAGACUUGCAGCUAUGGCCAGAUUACAAGAAAGUGCCCAGAAAGACAUUGGCCAGUUCAGCUUAUCAAAAGGAAUGACAAGCCAUCUCAAUGGUCAAACAAGAUCAUCAACCAAAACGGUAUCUAGCAAAAGCAAUAUGGCACCAUUUCAGAGUUCAGCAGGAAUCAUGCAUUCGCCUCCCAAAAAUGUGGGAUACAAAAAUACUUUGGAAAGGAGUAACUUGAAAACCUCUCCCAACAACAGCUUGCUCUUACAUCUCCUGAAAAGCCAGAAUACCACCAAACAAGCAAAAGGGCAUGAACAGAGUGAGAGAGCCAGCAUUUUUGAAGACAGUAGCACACCAACAACUAUUGAUGAGUAUUCAGACAACAAUCCUAGUUUUACAGAAGAUGACAGCAGUGAUGAUGAAAGUUCCCAUUCUAACUGUCUUCCUAUAGACUUAUCCUUUAAACAGAGGACAGACAAACUGGACGCAGGUGCACCUGCAUCACUGGAUAACCUGACUCAAUCAUUGCUUCAUAACUGGGAUCCAAAAGUUCCUUGUCCAGAGAACAAGGAAGACAAAGACACUCCGAAGGCUUCUAAGCUGAAUCCCCAUCAGAAAGUAACACUGCUUCAGUUGUUACUUGGACAUAAGAGUGAAGAAAAGAUAGACAAAUGUAAUGACCCUCAGGGACCACACAGUGCAGCUGAUGUGGCAAAAUUCACUGUACAGACUGGUAAAAGGACUCCUGUUACUGACAGUCCCAGUACAAAUCGAAUGACUCCAUUAAGCACUCCACCUUUGCUUGCUUCUACAAAAGCAGACUCUCCUAUAAAUCUCUCGCAUCAGUCAUCUUUAGCCAUGAAGCGUAGUUCACCACCGUAUGCCUGCAGCAUCCAGCCAGAUAGGCUGGUUAAUCCUGCAUCUAAACAUUUGAUAGACCUAUCUAAAAGCAAAGAAAUUCAAGGAGCUAAGCUGGCCAGGAAUGAUAGCCCACAGAAUUCUUCAGCUUUCAGUGCCAGCAAGCUGUUGCAGAAUCUCGCUCAGUGUGGUAUGCAGACUUCUAUGGCAAGCGAAGAACAAAGAACCAGCAAACAACUGCUAGCGGUGAACCUAGAGAAACCUGUAGGCUUGAUUGAUAGAUUGAACAGCCCUCUGCUUACAAAUAAACUGAGCACGCAUGAAGAAAAUAACAAAAUAUUCAGUUGUCAGCCUGCACCCACUGAACAAGGACUUCCAGGUUCAGAAAUAGAAAAUCUCCUUGAAAGGCGCACUGUCCUUCAGCUGCUUCUGGGCACUCCGAAUAAAGGUAAAAGUGAAAAGAAAGAGAAGGUGCUUUUAAGAGAUGAAAGUUCUCAAGAACAGACAGAUAAGGCUUUGAAUGAGCAAAUAUUGACAGUGAAAAUAAAAACUGAACCUUCUGAAGAAUCAAAUGUUCCUUACAAUUCAAAUGCACAACAAAUAAGAGAGUGCAAAGGUAACAAAUUUCAAGGAUUUGUUCAUUCACUGCAGAGAAACACAGCUGCUUCUCCAGCUUCUGAGGACUUGAAAUCUGAGCCUCUUUCACCUCAAGAUUUCUCUUUUUCCAAAAACGGCCUGCUAAGUAGAUUGCUGAGACAGAAUCAAGACAGUUACUCUGCAGAUGAGCUGGACAGAAGUCACCGAAACAAUGAGCUGACACAUCUUGAAUCAAAGAGUCUUUGCACAGUACCGAAGAAGAGGAAACUUCAUGCUGAGCCUUCGGAAAGCCCAUUAAAAAAGAUGAAAAGUAAUGUGUCUGAUGCUGCAAACAAUCACGCUUCUCCGACAGAGGCACUCUAUGGGCCUUUGCUUAACCAGCAAGAACUGAAAUUCAACAGAAGCAAUAUUGAAUUUAAGUACGCUGUAGGACAUGGUUCAAAUAAUGAAAGUGAAAAUAGGAGUUGGUCUAGAGAUAGUAAAGGCUUUAAUGUGUUGAAACAGCUGCUUCUGUCAGAAAGCUGUGAUAGAGAUCUGUCACAACAUAGGAAUAACAUACUAACUGAGGGCAAGAAAAGAAACAAAAACCAUGCAACAACUAAUAAACCUGAAUUCAGCAUUUCUUCAGUAAAUGCAUUGAUGGGAAGUCCUGUGCAACAGAACAAUUGCAUAGAUCAUAGAACAUUUCAGUAUCCAGUAGCAGUAAGAAGUCCUGCCAGUUCCCCCUUCCCUGAACAUUUGGGGAAUACAGUAUCUAGACCUGAAUCUGACCAGUUUAGUGUGUGUCCCAUGCCCGGUGAAAAAGGUCCCAUCAGAUGGGUUAUCACAGGUGUGGACAAGAAUGAUUAUGAAAAAGAAUCUCCAAGACUGACCAAAACCAAUCCAAUAUUGUAUUACAUGUUACAGAAAGGUGGCAACUCUGUUGGCAGCCAAGAAGCACAUGACAAAGACAUUUGGAAUGAACCUUCAUUUACUGAUAGUUCAACUCGUAUUACAAUUAAAGAAGAGUUAACAUCUGAUGCAGAGCUUAAAAAUCCUUUUAACAGCUUACGAAGCCCUUACAACAGCCAUAUGGGGAAUAAGACCUCUCAUCAGCAUAGUGUGAAUGGAGAAGUGCAUGGACUUUUGGAAAAAGUGCUAACAAUCAAAAAAGAGCCAGAAUAAAAUACAGUCUCCCAAUGAGUUUACAAUCAGUAGUUUUGAAUCUUUGUUUAAAAAAAAAAAAAAAAGAAAGAAAGAAAAAAAAAAAUAAAAGAGUACGAACUUGAAUACUGUAUAAAUUGAGCAUGAUUUGAGAAAAGCAUGGUCUAAUUGAAAUGUUUUCAUUUGAUAAACUUUUUAUUUUUCUGCUGAUGUUAUUUAAAAUACAUGUAGAUAAAAAUUGCUUUAUAAGAUUGUCACAAGGAAACUAGAAAGGUUGUAAUUUGUAUGAGACAUUACUCAUAACUUAAUCUGAUGCAUACAGAACUCUUUGAUCAGAGUCUUACUUAGAUCUGCAAGUCUUUGGCAUAACAUAAAGUGUAAGCGUACAGCCUAGGUGGUGGUAAUGCUGCGUUUCCUCCCUCCCAUGUAAAAUAAUCCUUCUUUUUUGGGGGGAAGCCUAAGCAUGGAGACAGUGUACUUUUUUUGAAUGUUUAAUAUGUUUUGUGAAAUUUUAAGAAUAACUUUCAAGAAAUGGAGCAGUCUGUCCAAGGUAUUGGAAAACCUAUGUCAGUGUUAAUAAUUACAUUUCAGUGCAUUUCAAUUUUUAGUGCUUCCAAAAUUUUUUUUAUUGUUAUUUUAAAAUCUUGUUUGUGGUCCUUUCAGAAUAGUGGUGUAAGAUCUACAUUUUCUCACCCUGCUUUUGAAAAAUGCCUUCCUCAGAAUCUUUAGCUGUAGUUAUAAAUUCUUAGGAUCAAAAUUUUUCCUAGGUUUAUAUAAAAACAGUAGAUUUUCAUGUACCAUGCAAGUACUGCAUAAGUCUUUUGUUAGUGUGUUCCUGUCCCUUCCCUGCUCAAAAGGGGAAAGUCAAAACGUCUCUUGGAGUACUAAGAUGAAAAAAGGCUGUGACAUUUAGUGAGAAAAAUGGUGGAAAGUUGUGAAUCAGAUAACCAGAAUUAUUUGCUUAGCACCGUCUUGCUUCCUUUAUAGAAGAAUACCAACUGCACUAAAGUGGCACAUCUGACACUCAAAUAUGGAAUAGGAUUUUACUGAAAAAUGUGGUGGCUUCUCCCUACAACUAGGAAAAAGAAUCCAUAUUGUGCCAAUACUUAUUACUCUCUAAACAGCUGAUACAUGGUUUAAUGCAGUACGCUUUCAUUGUAGAAAACCUGCUUUUAGAAUAUUUUUUUCAGGUUGUGCCAAAGAUAAAACUGUAUUUUUUUUCAUGUUCUGUAAUGGAUAGUGGGAUAUGUCACAGAAAUGUCCCCCUGCCUUUUUCCUCAAUCCCCACCUGUGCUGUGAUUUGCAACAUCGGCAAUAUCAAUCUGAGCUGGAAGUAACUGAAUAUUGCAGUCAAAACGGAAACACCGUAAAAGAAUUGCUGACUCGGGAGAGCCACGCAGCACUGCUUUCCCUGGAGCUGGUGUUCUCUCUGUGCAGAGACCUUAGUUCUCGUGGGGGAGGGGGAAAACAAAAUGCAGUUCCUCUAAAUUAUACUCAUUAUUAGUAACCGUAGGUUUUGUUGAACUUUGGUUUACCCCUCUAAAACAAAAGAAAAAUGUUCUCUGCAGCUUCAGACUUUACUGAUGGUCCCCAGUGUUAUCAGAAAAUGGUUAAGUAUUUGGUCUGUGCAGAUGCUGUUUUUUUUUUCUUUUUUUUAAUUUUGAUUUUUUUUUUCACCACUGAGUGCUGAUGAUGUGACGAACUUUGCUGUUUCUGUUCCUCUCACGUUUGCAUAGGAGAGAUGAGUGAUGGGGCAUUUUGCUCUUUUUCUUCCUGGUUUCAUUUCACAGAUCCUUUUCCCAGACUGCUGGCUUGUCUAGACAGAGCAAGCUUUUUUUCUCCCAUGUCAUGCCCUGCCCCCAGUCUGGAAUUGGUUUGCUGCCUUUCUAUUGCAGUCCCUCUGAAAGGGACUUCUCCCAUCUGCCAGCUGGCAAAUGCACCACUAUUCUGUUUUGUCCCCCUGGGGAAUACCUUCUUUUAGGGAACACAGGCAUUUGGCAGUAUCUAAUAUAAAACAUUCCCCUUGGUUUAUAUGAGAAAUAACAGAGCAAUUUAAAGAUAUAUUUUUAUGUUAUUUGGGUGAAGCAUAAUAUAUUAAUGGGCUGUACAAAGAAGAUUUAUAUUUUAAAACCUUCACACAAAUUUAAUGUCAUUUUAAAUGUCAUUGUCAGAAGAAUAAUAUAAAAAUAAUUUUGUUUGUCUUUAAUAUUUGCAUUUAUAAGUGGCCCAAUGACAAUUCAAAUGUGUCAUAGAAUAAUCAUUAAUGAGAUAAAGUAUAUUUUAGAUUGACAGUGGAAAUGAAUUCUUUUUAUAUGAGUCAACCCAACAUAAAUAUUAAAGUUGGUAUUUGUUCCAUCCAUUAGAUGGCUCUUAAAAGUCUUAAUUGAUUAUUUUUCUUAAAACAACAUGUAUAUAGUUAGCAAAUAUAUACAAUAUAGAAUAAUAGAUGGUCCCCAGAAUAAAUACAUGGCUAUAAUUUAUGUGAAGUCUCCACAGAAAAAGCAGCAUGACUGAAUGUGGAAUUAAGUGGUUGGGAAACUUUCCAGCAAAACAAAAUUCAGCUGAAAAGCAGAGAACAUCAUCUAACUAACCCUAACAAAAAGUAAUACUGGAGUCCUAGGAGUGUGCUUAUCCAUGUAUUUAUUCUGUGGUAGUCUAUUGUUAUAAUAUAUACUUUUGAACAUUUAGUUUUUAAAGUUUUAUAAAACAUUUUAAGUUAAAAUGUUAAUUGCCAAACAGUUUUAUCAGUUAAGUUUAGCUUUCCUUGUAGGUGAUGUUAAUAAAGGGUAUUACCAUUCUCACAGACGUCAGUAUAACAAAAAUUUACACAAAAAAAUAAUUUCAGGACGUGCUGUUUAUAGAAGAAUCUUUUCUGUUGAAGACUUGGCGAUCUUGAGCAGUGUGUAACGUACUAAAGUCAGGCCCCUAAGAGGUAGACAUGCUGAUCUGAUGCUCUUCAGCCAGCCACUGAGAGGGGCAAGUCCCCUCCGUGUUGAAUUUUCUAGUAUUGCUAAUGCUACUUCUCCCUAGGAAAGAGAGUUCUUUCUAAAUCAGCCCCAUGCGCAAUUUUAAACACGAGGCUUUUUCAUCUUUAUUAUUUUAUUAUUAUUAUUAUGUAGCCCAGGAGAGCAGGAAGGAGUCACCAUCAUUUUCCCUGGGGACUUUGCCUUCUCAGUUGUCCUAUGGAAAAAGGGAGGUGUAGGAGCUGGAUUUGCUGCACCAGUAGAAGGACUGGUUGGGUCCACCACGUUGUCUUAAGCAACCUAAAGAUCCUAGAUUCCCACAGCCCCUGUAGAAUGAGUGACAAGCCAAGGUCCUCUGUGCAGAGUGCUGCUCAGCAAUUCCCAUCUCCUCUGUUCAACAGACAUUUACUUCUAGGACAUGAUGCAUUUCAGCUGGCCCCAAUAUGCUUCCUCUGACUGUGGGAGUGGAGGCUUCGGAGAUGAUGCAGUCUGCAAACAGGAGUUUGAAGUUUCAGCUGGGCUGUUAGACUGCAGACUUAAAUAGCGUGGUAUCUGACUUGGCAGCAAUAUAGCUGUGUGGGGGAGAGGUGCAGAGCUGUUCGGGACUAUUGUGCGACUUCACCAUCAAGCGGGUUGGGAGGGAGCAGAGAUCACAUUGCAGUUGUAGUGGGGAGAGACUGCUGGGAGAAAGCUGCUGCCUCCUCAGGGGACAGUGUAAAAUUGCGUUAGGGAUGUGUCUCCACCACCUUUAAAGAUGCAAUCGCUGCCCUUUGGGACUUAGACCUGAGCCAGCUUUAAGCUUGCCAGCAGAAUCAUUGCAGCAGCAGUUGUGUUGUAAAGUGCCCAAUACCUUGCUCCAGUUAGCCCCUAUACAGAUGCUUACGCUGCCUCAACAACCCUAUUGGGUUAGCGCCCGAGGCAGGUAGAUUUGAGGGUCAACUUGUAAUUGCCACACAGACAUACCUUUUUUUUCCAGAGCGUAAGGAAUUGAGAUAGCCCGGGCAAUUUCUAGCAUCUCCCCUGCCAAAAUUUGAGGUAAUAAGAGGGAAAUAACACAUGACCACAGAAUCAAAGCUGUUGCCAGUAGGCUUCUCUGCUGAUACCGUCUAACCCAUCAGCGCAGUUUGAGAAGCUGGUAAACAUGACAAGAUCAAAAGAGAAUUCAUCCAUAACUUUCACUUUUUUUAACCAUUUCUUCUUAGUAAUGUUUUUAAAUUUUUAAUUUACAAAUGUUUUUAAAAGAAAGAAAUGAAUGGUUUAAAUUUUCCCUGUUAAAUGUUGGUGAAAGUAUUACAGCUCUCAUUGACGUCAGUGACAUGAUAUUACCAGUUUGUUCUCUGCCACAUCUUACAGAGGAGUAAACUGGUAAGUAUAUAUUAUAUAUAUUUAUAUAUAAUGUAAAUAUAUUGACUUGUUACACCUAUAAUAUGUUGAAACUGGUUUUUAAAAGGUGAUGUAUAUAGUGGUUUCCUUAAUGAAAAAUACAUAUUUUGUAUUGUUCUAAUGCAAAAGAAAAAACCUUUUAAUCUUUUUUGUUAUGUAUAUUCCAUGUAUAACUGUAAAUAUGAUCACAUAGGUUUAAAAACUUUUGCAUGUAUGUAUACAGUUGCAAGUCUGGAAGAAUGUAUAGAAAAAUACUUUUAUUUAAAGUUGUGAUUACCUGCUGCAUGAAAAGUGCAUGGGGGACCCUGUGCAUCUGUGCGUUGGCAAAAAUGUCUUAACAAGUCAGGUCAGUUCAAAACACAACAGUAUUCCACUUCUGGACAUGACUUCUGCUGUGGUAUUUUAGCUUUGUGAAAGAAUGUGCUUCAAAUCAAAAGGGUCUGGGAAAAAAACCUACUUUUAAAACAUGAAGAAUUCGUACAGCUAUAAUCAGUCGUAUAAGUUCAGGACUCCCCCUUACGUAAUUGAAAUAUCGUAUCAGGACUAUUCCAUCGUUGUAAAUCAAAGGAAUAUUGAUUUUCAUUGCCAUACAUAAGAAUUUGGGGAUUUACCACAACCAAUUUUAUUGUGAUGUGUUUUCAGUAAUUAAUCUAACUGGUCUCAUUUUUAUUAGAAGUUAAUUUCCUCAUGUGAUGUCACAAAACUGUACAUACUGCAGUGUGAAGUUUUUUUAAAUCUUUCAGUGUUUACUUCCUGCAGAAGAUUUGAAUAAAUGAGAAAAAUGCAUUGUCUUGAUGGUUUUUAAAUCUACUUUAUUUCCUGUGUACUUUGUAUUAUUGGGGUGUAACUAAGGAUGUUAACUGAAAAAAUGAGAGUUACGGAGCUGGAACUGAGGCAAGAUAAAUCAGAUUAGCAAGUUUUACUUUACAAAGCACCUUAUUAUGUAUUAGUCAGAUAGCCUCUUUAUUUACUUGAAAUCAUUCGUCAAACUGGAAAUCUUUAGAUGGGAAUACUCCCAUGAG